UUUAAAAGAUAUGAAGACGAUGCGAACCAGGGCAGUCCAUAGCUUCCGUAGCGCAACCUUACCGCGUUACUCUCUCUCCUUCCUGGCCACCUGUUCUCUCUCUCUCUCUCUACUCCCCUCUGGCUGUAGGCCCCUCAUUCUUCCUCCCAGUUUCAACCUAGGCGGUUCUCUCUAACUUCUUCUAGAUACUACAGGAUGGGUAGACCCAAGAAGGACCCCCCCCUGAUCCGUAGUGAUUUAUUCUCCGUUCCUUCUGAUUUAUCCAUCGAUGAGCUGAGAGCCCUCUCUAUAUCUUCCAAUGCUGACCUACCCACCUUCCUAACCGCCGUACACUGGAACGGCGGGGCCUACGCCACCUUCCCCCUCACUUUAAGCCCGGACAACCAGCGAGUGCUCUCCGGUUCUUGUGUACUUCUCGGAGAACUAUUCUCAGAUAAAUCCUUUAACUGCAAUCUAUUCUGGAACCCACCUCAGCCCACCAAGCUAAUCCUCAGCAUCCCCGACCUCAGUGUUUUCAACUUCCCUGAUGGUAAACUUGUCUCAAAUUAUCUUCCUAGUUCCGCCAUCCCCCACUCCUUCUCUCAAAGUGCAUCAGUUCUCUCCCAAGACCAACUAACUAAUAAAGGCGUCUCACCAUUUACUCUCAGAGCUUUCCUUCAUCCCAUCUCUGAUGAAUUCAUCAAAAUUAUAAUCCUCCUCUACCCUUGCUACGAAGACACCCUACUCCAACUCUACCCCUUGUACAAAGACCCCAGGUUUCCCGGGUUAAAACUCUGCAGCUUUGACUUCCCCUUGGGACCUCCUUGCAAUGCCAGCCCUAUCAGCAGACCUUGGGGUUUUCCUAUUCUACCAGCAAUUAUCCCUGGCUCUCCUCUCUCCGACCUCGGCCCUUUUCCUUCAGGAACUGACCUCCGCAGUGCUCUGUCGGCUAUACUACAUUCCGCGGCUCUACCAGAAGUUAAACAGAAUCUUCAGUCCUUCAAUCUAAGAUGUCAAGAGAUCCUAGCCAAAGGGGUCAAUUCCCUCAAGUUCUGUCCACCUCCAGUUUUGUGGCCAGCUGCUCCAGGUCCUGCAGCUCAGCCUAUAGGUUGGUGUUUCUUUUUGUUUGUUUUUCUUUGUCUUUUCUCUUAUUUUAUCACCUUUUGUUUGUUUUUAAUCUCUAUAUUUUUAUUAUUUCCAGCUUGUUUUAUUUUAUUAUUAAACAAAGCAACUUGUUUCUUGUUAUUUAAUAACAGUUAAUUUAUACUUUUUCUUAUUUAUUCCUGACUUUAGU